AUGGGCAUUGGAGUGCAAAGUAAAAGUCUUUUCUCGGAGGAACUCGAGCCUGCCACGAAAUUUGUGAAAGAUAUGAUAACACAAGAUGAAAUUGUAAUAUUUUCAAAAACUUAUUGUCCUUAUUGUAGAAUGGCCAAAGAAGUGUUUGAUGCCCUUAACAGAAGGUACACCGUUAUCGAAUUAGACCAGAGAGAUGAUGGCAGUGCAAUACAAGCAGCUCUAGGACAGAUAACAGGAGUCAAAACAGUCCCCCGAAUAUUUCUUAAUGGGAAAUGUAUUGGUGGUGGAAGUGAAAUUAAGGCUUUGUAUGAAUCUGGUCACUUAUUGGGAAUGCUCAAAUAA